AUGCACAAUUCAUAUUCUUUAUCAAAACGACUUGUUUUGGUCCUUUUCUUGGCCGUGGUGGCCACACAACUGUUCCUUAUACGCAAUGUUUCGUCCCUGAAUCUGACCAAUGCGUAUCUGCACCACAAAUGCCUCAUCAGUCAAGGAAAGUAUAAGCCAGGAAGUCAGUAUGAGAAAAACCUUAACUCUCACAUCGAUUUGAUUAUUAACUCGACUUUUCGCAACGGAUUUGGUCACAUGACAACUGCUAUGGGAAGUCCCAAUAUGGUAAACAUCAUAUUCCAGUGCCGUGGAGACUCCUACCAGUCCAAGUGCCGCUCUUGCUUUGCCGCAGGCAUUUCCGGGGAAAUGAGAUGUCCGAGAAACAAAGGUGGAAUAAUAUGGUUCGACCAGUGUUUUGUCGAGAUUACUGCAAUCGAGGUCAUGGAGGUGAAUUACGAUAACAAUUUUUAUAUGCACAACCCGAACAAGGUAAUGGGUGAUGCAAAGUCUUUCAACAAGGAGACUAUGGCUUUUCUAGAACAGCUGGCGUUGGAAGCAACCCGUAAAGACAACAUGGAGGACGGCAUGAUGGCACUAUACUCGGCCAGGGAGAAGAUGGUUGGGACGAAGAAGCUGUACGCAAUGGUUCAGUGUACGAGAGAUGUAUUCAUGUUUAAGACAAUGUGUAAGGAGUGUUUGGAAAGGAUAAUCAGCCAGUAUCCCAAAUGUUGCGACGGUAAACAAGGAGGGAGAGUUUUGGGUACAAGCUGUAACUUUAGAUAUGAGUUUUACCCUUUUCUUAGGACUUAA